AUGAUGUAUCAGUAUCAGGACGAUGGAGGAGUGUUUGAAAUAUUUUCAUUUAUUUUUGAGCCCCCUAGGACGCUGGUCCCCCCUUUUCCCCGAUAAAAGGGGCCAAUCAACGCGAAGGGAUUAGAUGGUCUUGGGACGUGUGGCACCGCAAGAUCUUUGUCAUUGAACUUGAAAAACGAGCCGAAGCAGGAACGUGCCCCUGAAAGUCGACGACUUUACCCUUUCAACGCAUUCUGA